AUGGAUGAGCGCCAUGCAAGGCUACAAUCUCUACGAGAACAGAUCCGAGCGGUUUGCGUUCAUGACCAAGCGCGAUGGGAUGCAACGUGGAAGGAAGUGCUUGGUGACUUGAUUAAUUCUCGACGAGUGGUUAUUCCCCCCGAUGUAUUUUUCGACGUGUUGGAGGCGAACAAUGUGGUUCUCGGUCGAUCUGAAGUACGACUACUCUGGUACCAAUUCCAAGAACCCAAUGGGGCUAUGCUAGCAACGAAAUUUCUUCGCUGGAUUGCGCUGAAUGCACCUGCCGACCACGUGGAUCCAGAUCUGCAGUUCACACAGUUGCCACAACCUUAUCGACGUAUUAAAAAGAUUCUGGACUACGAUAUCUUCGAUGGAGCGUGGGAAACUAUCAAGUUGGAAAGCACUCGAUACAAAUCUGAAAGCACCACUCAAGAUGCCACGGAAUCCUCAAGAUCUAGACGAUCGGAAUCAAACCACGACCAAUUAAAGGACUAUGAUGUCGCUAGAAGCCGAUCUUGCGGGCCAUCGCGCCGAAUUCCACUCGAAAGUGAAGCCCAGAAAGUCGUGGGUCACUGUCUCGUACCCGUCGUGGUAGCCGCAAUAAACAACGACAAUGCGCCAACUCUGAGAAUUAUAAGCACAAGCGAUGACAAUGUCAAGGUAUUGGGAGAUUUUCCCAUCGCAUUUCCACUUGAGGCCGUGGCUGCUGGGACUGCAGAGACCAUCACAAACACUCACGUGUCGAUUAAACAGCUCAGCGCGCUCCAACUAGCAACUGAGAGCAGCUGCGGUCUUGCUGUUCAUGUCAUGGAGACCACGACUACCGAGUUUGUGAGCGCAGAUCUAAGCACCGAUGUCCAGCUUCCAACGUCAGCAACUCGCGAGUGUGUAAACAUCUACACAGUAAAAACCUCAGAGACCGAGUUCUGUCAACUCGUUGCUGUUGUGACUCCGCAAAGUCCUGAGUCCUCGAUUUCUUCGAUUAUUUUGUCCCCCGACUCCAAGUUCCUCGCUGUCACAUCCGUAAGCUCUGCAGUUGUUGCCUUGUACUUCAUUGACCACGACCAAGGUGAACAUCAGCCGUUAGCGUUGACAUCUCCAGCCUUUCGAAUCGAUCCGGAGUCAACGCGCUCGUCUUCAACGGAAGAAGAAUGCAGACCUAAGGUCCAUUUCCUAGUGGCACCAUGUACUAGUCGUCCUCAGACACGAGUACCUAACACGUACGCACUAGCAGUGUGCCACGAGCUCAAGUUACUGAAGUACGUGCUCCCGUCUACAGAUAAUACCAGUGCCAGUUCGUCUCCUGUUCUCUUAACUCCAGUGAGAUUAUGGGAGCAUUUGGCUAAGAUCACAGCUUCCGCUCAAGAUCUCACGACGCAGUACGUCGCUGUAGGGUGUCAAGAUGGCUCCAUUGUCGUGUGGGACGUGCUGCGCGACGUCGACUACGCCUUCCUCUCGUCUGAAGACAAGGCUUCGAUUAGCAGCGUCAUCUUGUACCAGGCUGAAUACGUCGUAGCACUCUCGAAAGCCCAGCAACGACUCUACUUUUUCGACGUUAGAGAACGCGGUAAACUUGUACUGACACGUGUAGUAUCCAGUUCGAUGACAAGUCUUACACUGUCAGCAGCAGAUAUCCCCCUGGCGCUUGUGCAGUUCUCGAGCGGAAUGGUCAUUUUCUAUGACGUCAGGACGGCUGAGGCGAUCGGCAGCCUAGCACAGAGUUCUAGUUCGAGUAUUGUGGGCAAUCAGGAGGUACUUGCUGCAGUUGCAGAACCUCCUGAUGCACAGGUGAACGUGUACAGCUGGCGUGAUAUCCUCUUGGUGUGUUUCCCUUCCUUCCAGCGUCAAGAAGAACUGACCAGCUCGAACAUCAAAAAGCUCUUCUCCAGCGACACAGGUGCAGGCUCUCUAGCUUUUGCUCCAUCAAGUAUCACAACGCAAAGCACCGCAGUCGACCUCCUUGAAACUGUGCUCUUACGGAUGGCUGAUGAGCUGCCAUCUCCUCAACGCGGCCAGAAAUCAUCCGCUCCGUCACCAAUAGCUCUGCACUCCACAUCGUACGCCUCACUGCCCAGUCCAGACCCUCACAAUAAGCCUACAGACAACAGUGUGAUGCUACAGCCAGUCGUCCCCGACCACAACGCGUUCUUCGAGCAAUACUGCAAUGAGAGUCUCGACACUCUAGCCAUCGCAGACAAAGAAGCCACACUGCAUCGUAAACGUCGAGAGCUGCUCAAGGUCAUGGUAGCUGGAGGAGCCUGGUAA